AUGAUUAAAAAUAUUUUUAUAUUAAUUAUUAUUUCUUUUAUAAUAUUAUUUAAUAUUUCAUUUGCUACAACACAAAUAGAAAAAGAUUGUGUUGAUUAUGAUCAUAAUUGUGCUGAUUGGAUUUCACAAAAUCCAGAACAAUGUACAAAUACUGAAUAUAUUGCUAGAAGUUGUAAAAAAUCAUGUGGAGUUUGUAUAAAAUUUUCUAAAAAAUUUGAUAUUAAAAGAUUACCUGAAAAUUUACGUCCAUUAGCAUGGCUUGUUGGUAUUUGGCGUUCUGAACAUGAUGGUAAAGUUACUUUUCCUACUAUACCAAAAUUUACUUAUGGUGAACAAAUAGAAAUAAGUAUUCCAGAUAAUGAAUUAACUGCUAGAAAAGCAUUAAAUUAUACUGCUAAUGCUUGGUCGAUUAAUGAUCAAGAAGAAUUACAUACAGAAUCAGGGUAUAUAACAGUUAAACCUGGUACUAAUCAUGUAGCAUUAAAUACAGUAAUGAGUAAUGGAUUUGUUACAAUUGAAGAAGGGCAAGUAUCAUAUAAUCAUUUAAAAUUAAAAUUAAUAGAUAUUGGAAGGAUAUCAUUUAGUCGUGAUCUUCCAGUUCAUGAUGUAGUACGUGAAUGGACAUUAUUAGAUUCAACGACACUUGAAGCUAGAUUAGAUAUGGAAACAUUAACACAUAGAAUGCAAGAACAUACAUUUAUACGUUACAAAAAAAUAUAUCCUUAA